UGAUACCGGAAGUUGAGAAAAAAACCGACGGCAUGUGUCUUAUAUUUACUGCUAAACCAAAUUAACGCGUGUUUUCCAGCUUGUCUUGACUUGACUUGUAGUGACCAAGAAGUUGUUGAUAAGCACAUUCUACUUCGUAGAGACACUGUUACGUUUUUCAUUGUUUUAAGCUGGCGAAGGGAACUGAAGUUGACCGCAUAUAAUGUCGCAGGCCACUAAACGCAAACAUGUUGUCAAAGAGGUCCUCGGAGAUUUUGUGACUCCCACAGAAAAGCAGCAGAUUGUGAAGAUCAUCAGCAGCCGUGGGAACAACCUUCAUGAAUCUGUCACUGCCCAGGGUGAGACCUUCCUGGUGAGCAUGCCCACGAAGUUCCGCAAGAACAUCUGGAUCAAACGAGGUGAUUAUGUGAUUGUGGAUCCCAUUGAAGAAGGAGAGAAGGUGAAGGCAGAGAUCAGCUUUAUUCUCUACAAACAUCACAUUCAUUACCUGCAAAAAGAAAAUCUUUGGCCAGAGGGGUUUAUAGAGGACAAGACGAGCAAAGAGCAGGAGACAGAAGAUGGGGGUGAGGACGUUAGCGACUCGGAGGAUGAUGAGAGCGACCUUUUUGUCAACACCAACCGCUGUAACUAUCAGUACAGUGAGAGUGAGGAUGAUGACGACGAUGAAGAUGAUGACGACAAUGACAGUGAGGAGGAACGUGCGGACAAAGAUGGAAGGACAGAAAAUGGUUCAUAGGAUUCAGCAAUGAGGACCUGAACAAUUGACAGUUGUGAGAAUGGUGCAGUGAUGAUGAUGAACUGAUGCAGUGAUAGCUGCGACGGUCCUCAUGUGUCUUUUAGUGUCUCCUGCAGUUCUUGUUGGGAAAACGGCUGAGUUCACUGAUAGGAUUCUCAAUGUUUUUCAUAUUCUGUCAAACACUUCUCCUGACCUGCCUGUCUGACCUAUUAUGAUACCAGUACUACAGUACAAAUGUAGAUCAGUGUUGGCUUGAACUGUUAAACAUCUAAAUCUGUUGCACACCUGCAGAAAAUGGAAAGUGACUCAAGAUUGAAAUCAGGUGCAGUAUUGUCACUUUGGUGUGAUGCCAAUUUUUACACAUUUCCUGUAUUGCUGGCUGAUUUCUUGGAAUUGAUUGUUGUAAGUAUGAACACACAUUCCAAAUAAAUGACGUAAAAUGUCCCUGUAGGGUUGUAGGAGUUUUCACACCUACUAUAGAACCAGUUCUACAAGGAUUUCUUGUAAUGCCCUGAUGUGUGACACAGUUUUUUUUCCACUAGAUUUUUUUUUGUUUUCAAACCCCUGCUGCAAGGUAAAGUUUCUUUUACGUGCAUAUUUAAAUUAAAUAUUUGAUUGUUUUUUUUUACUUCAGAGGUUGAGGUUUGAGACAACGCUAUAAAGAGCUUAAAAACUCUGAAAAGUAUUGUCAAAUGUUUUUAAUAUUUACUGACAAAGGAUUCAGAAGAAAAUGGUGUCUUCAAGAAAAUCCAGAUGCUAACGCUGCUUUCCUUUUUAAAAAUUAUGAUUUCCAUCGCCUCAAGACAAUGAACAAGCAGGUGAUGAUUUAGGGACACAUUUCUAUCCCUGUUUGUAACAUCUAGUGUUCUUUUUACUAAUUACUAGGUUGCAUAAUCUGUUCCAUUAAUGCAUAGUUAUUUAAUCAAAACUUGCGGUCAUCCCUGCAUUAAAUGCACUUCCUGGACAGUUUCUCUGAGCUUCCUGUCAAACGUCAAAUUUGGCACAUUUUCCCAUUUUAGUGAUUUUCUGUGUGACGCUUAAAUGCCCCAAGCUCCA